AUGAUGGAAAUCAACCCUUCUAAAAGUAUAUUGGAUCAGGUAGAUGAAUAUUUGCAUGAAAAUCACAAUUUCACGGAUAAAAGUAAUAAUGACCAUAUUAAUAACAACAAAAGUAACAAUAUUAAUAUUCCAAUACAUAAUGAUAUUCAUUUAUUAGAAAGAGAAUUGAGUAAGUCACACGAACAUUAUUCAAUAAGUAAUAUUAAUAAUAACAGUAACGUUAACUAUAACGACAAGAACGAUGGAUGGAUACCACACAAUAUACAGUUAGAUUUAGAUAAAUUAAGCCACUCAAUUUUCCAAGAAAAUUCUUUUCAUAAUUCUAAUAAUAUUCCAAACUUUAGUAAUAUCCCUGAUACUUAUUAUAAUUCAACCCAUACAUUUACAAGUACAAAUCACCCAUUACAUAUCCAUAAAGAAAUCAAUAGCAUGUUAAACAUCCCCGUUGCAUCAUCACUUUCACCAACUGUUUCACCUCUUAUUGCCCCGAAUCAAGCGUCAAUGAAUGGGAUUCAAGUAACUCCAUUUAUGCAUCCACUAACAUUAAAGACUGAUUUCGGAUGUGAUAAUAAAAAUACUUUUACUUCCAACAUUGAUAAUAGGCACUCUAUUGUGAGCGACUCUGUUUCAAUGCUAGAUCCCUUAUCUACUUUAAAUAACAAUAUUAAUGAUAUAACAGUCACUGAUGAUUAUGGGUCCAAAAUAGUACCAUUAACAAGAAGUAUAUCUAAAAAUGAAAAUUCAAAUAUGAAGAAUAAAAUUUCAGUCCCAAAGAAAAGUCAUUCAAUGUCAGGUCAGUCUGCAACACCAAGAUCGGAUCAAAGCACUAAGGUAGUCAAAAAUAGUCCAUACAUGAAACCAAAUAGAUCAUUAAGAAGAUUCAGUAAAAGUAAGACAUCUCUAGAAAACACACCAAUUUUACCAUCUACAAAUAUAACUACAAUCACAACACCAAUACUCAACAGUAGCAACAGUAACAACAACAAUAGCAACAAAGUACAAGGAAAUAUACCAGGUAACAUAGAUGAUGUGGCAUUUCAACUACCAGAAAGUAGUGUAAUAUUAAAUAAAUCUCCUAUAUCCUUAAAUCCAAACAUUGAUUACGGUGCUGCAUUGCCGCCAUAUACCAACAAUAGCAAUCCCUCCAACACUACUAUCACCAACUCAACUAAUGACAGCGAGAGUAGCAAUACAAUCAGUGAUAAUACGAAUAAGAAUAGAAUCUCUACAGAAAAUGUAAAAGAAAACAAUAGUAACAUAUCAUCUAUUGAAAAACGCCCUAGAUCAAAAUCUCGGGUAGGACGUAUUAAAGAUGAGUCAAAAAGAGAAAUACACAAAGUAGCAGAACAAGAACGUCGCAAUCGACUAAACAACGCUUUAUCCGAAUUGGCAUCACUGGUUCCGGAAGAACUGAAAAAAACUGUUAGUAUCCCGUCUAAAGCUACAACUGCAGAGCUGGCUUGUGUUUAUAUUCGACAAUUAAAGGAUCAAUUGGCUAAAAGGGAUUCGUAG